AUGGGAGGGACGGGGACCUCUAGGUUUCUGGGAAACUUAGACCCAAGUGCGCAGGAGUUCAGGCCGAGGAACCCAUAUAUCCAGAACCAGAUGAGCUUGUCUGUACCAACCCAAAUUUACUAUCCAUACACACAUCCACACCCACAAUUUGUAGCUUCAUCGGCGUACGUGAGACCUGUCGCCGGAAAGCCGCCUCUCUCUCCGCUGAUGUCGCCAUUGUCGGCAACACCUACUAGGGCGCUACUAUUGAGUUCGGUGCCGACGGACGUGAGCGAGGUGACAGUGAGAAGAGAAUUGGAGGCCUUUGGAGAGGUGAGGUCAGUGCAGAUCGAGAGAGUGUGUGAUGGAAUUGUGGCUGUUAGUUUCUAUGAUCUAAGGCAUGCACAAGCGUGUUUGACGGAGGUACGAGAACAACACAUGCAACAACAAAGUAGGCUGAAGAAGCACUACGCGCCGGCACGUGGGCUUAUUGCAGGUCGUGCAGUUUGGGCUCAAUUCAUGAUUCCAGUGAGCACUUGCACGCUGGACGACUAUAAUCAAGGAACUCUUGUGAUUUUCAAUUUGGACUCAGAGGUCUCCACCAGCAGUCUGAGGGACAUAUUCGAGACAUUUGGGUCAAUAAAGGAAUUGAGAGAGACACCAUUAAAGCGACACCAGAGGUUUGUGGAGUUUUUUGAUAUCAGAGAUGCAGCUAGGGCUCUUAGAGAAAUGGAUGGCAAGAAAAUUCAAGGGAAACGUGUGGUAAUAGAAUUUAGUCGGCCAGGUGGUCAUGGCUGGAGGUUCUUCAAUGCCAUUAGUACUACCGCCCUAUCAAGUACUUACUCUACCACCAAUUCAACUGUAAUCUCCCCCUCAAGACUAGCUUACCACACAAUCACUUCGAGAUGCCCACCAGCAUUGCCUUGUAAACUACCAGAGAAAAGCUCAGAUUUCAAUGUGCCUCCUCAUUCUUAUCUCUCUCAAACACAUCAUUCCACAAAAAAGUCCAAUGUUGGUAUAAACAAAAGGAGUUCAAAUGCUGGGAACAUUAAAGCUUCAAUGACAUCUCUUCGUUUGACUGGUUCAGUUGUUAAUGGAAUUGAAGAUUCUAAUGGAGUUUCAAGGUGGAAUCCCAAGAAGAGCCCAAACGGUUCCUCAACAACAGAACAACAACAACAAGCUCAAAGAAAUCGGCCGUGGAAGGGAAGACAGAAGAACAUCGAUUCCUGUUUUCUAAUAAACGAGGAUGCCAAAACGGAAUCCCAUUACAGAGAUUCCAGAACAACUGUCAUGAUCAAGAACAUACCCAACAAGUACAGUCAGAAGCUCCUAAUGAACAUGUUGGAUAAUCACUGCAUUGACUGCAAUGAGCAGGUUCCCGACGGAGGGGACCAACCAUUGUCCUCCUAUGAUUUCGUAUACCUCCCCAUCGAUUUCAACAACAAGUGCAAUGUGGGAUAUGGGUUCGUGAACAUGACGUCCCCUCAGGCGACAUGGAGGCUCUACAAGGCCUUUCAUCUUCAAUCUUGGAAGGUUUUCAACUCCACCAAAAUCUGUGAAGUUACUUAUGCUCGAAUCCAGGGUUUGGAAGCAUUGAAAGAGCACUUCAAGAACUCGAAGUUCCUGUGCGAUCCGAAGACAUACCUACCAGUGGUGUUUUCACCGCCUCGAGAUGGGAGACAACUGACAGAGCCUCAACCCAUUGUUGGCAACAAUAAGCUCAUCAUCGGUAUCAUCACCAAUGACACUAAAGCUUCUGAUGACGACGAUGAUGGUGAUGAAUGGGAGAUGAUGAUGGACGGUCCUCAUAGGCUGAAUAAUGGUGAUCACGUCCGCGAUUGUGAUGAUGAUGUUGAGGAUUACAAUGACCACAAUCAAAGUCCAAACGAUGACGAUAGUGGCGAUGAUGAUGAAGAUGAUAGCACUAGUGUUAGUGCCUAAAGAUCUAUGUUUUUCCAUCUUUUAUUGUUACGUACCGAUGCUACCUCUUUAAUUACAAGACUACUACUAUUGAAAGCAGCUUCAACACCCAAUGGGUUGUUUAUUGAAUAUUGACCCCCCCUCUUAUAUAGCCACCACCAACCUCUCCAGCCUAAGGCUUUGUAUCUCGUUCUCAGGUUCGCUCACCCUCCCUCCAUUUACUCUCUCUCUCCCCCUCCCGUUUCUUUUUCUUUUUCUUGUUUUCUCCCA